UCUUUUAUUCUGAAGUGUCAGUCACUCAACCAAUCAGAUGUCAGAGUUCUGUGACAGGAAGCGAUGUUACGAAAACAUUGAAUUGAUCGUGACGCCGUGAAGCAGAGGGUCAAACGCCCUUAUCGGAAUUUGGAAGCUGAAGAUUUUCUCCAAUUUGAGGACCAGCAGCCCGUCAGUCAUGCUGAAAGCUAUGGGACAAGUUUUAUUCUCCACCGGAUUGAAGAAUCCUAAAUUCACAGCAGAGGAGCCGAAGGGACAGGACUAUGAGAUCCGCACCUACCAUCCUGCUAAGUGGGUAAGCACCACUCUGAGUGGGAUGCAAGGUGACGAAUGCACGAAGACCGGCUUCCGCAGGCUCUUCAGCUACAUUCAAGGCAACAACAAAAACAAGGCCAAAGUGGAGAUGACCGCCCCUGUGACAUGCCAUGUGGUCCCUGGAGCCGGUCCCGCCUGCGAAUCUCAGUUUACCAUAUCCUUCUACAUCCCAGAUGAGCUUCAGGCAAAUCCACCUGAGCCCAGCGACCCGGAUGUGUUCAUGGAGGACCGAAAAGAGUUCACCGCAUAUGUCAGGAUGUAUGGUGGUUUCUCCAAUGACAAUAUGAAGCGGGAAGAGCUCCUGAAGCUUCUGGAGAGCCUGAAGAAGGACGGGGUUGAAUUCGUCGACAAGCCGUAUUACACGGCCGGGUACGACAGCCCCUUCAAACUGACCAACCGCAGGAACGAGGUGUGGGUCCUCAAGAAAACAGAGCAGCAGUAGAGAUACAACUAACUGCAACUUAAAAAUGUCUUAGAAUAAUGUGUUGAUAUAUUUCCCCUGUUUGCAAGAACUUACUGAUGAUGACGAGACCAAACACUUGGUAGAUGCAGUUGUAAUAGAUGUAAAAUGUCCAGCAGGUGGAGCUAAGUGGAAUAAAAAGUGCCUUGAUUUUUUUUUUCUUUUUAAAGCACACAAAAAUACAUUAGUGUUUACUGGUUUAAAGGUAGAUUUUACUAAUUAACUGAACAAUUUGUUAACAUGUAAUCCUGAAUUUGAAAGGAGAGGUUUCCUUUUUUCAUCGAGCUUGUCUGAAAGCCAGGUUUUUAUAAAAAGCAUCUGCUGCUAUUGUUCCAUCUGGACAGAAAAUCUGAGAAACUAGUCCCAUCUUCAGUCAGAAAGUCCCAUAAUGCCUGCAAAAGUUCCCAAACUUUUCCCAUUUUUGCCUUAAAGCAACAAAUGUGUUUUUUUUCAUUGGGGUUUUAUGCAAUAGACCAACAAAAAGGCUUUAGAUAUUUUUUAUUAAACAAAAACAAAGGUCUGGUGUGCCUUUCUAUCCAGCACCUGUGAGUCACUAUUUAAAAAAAAAAAACAUCUUUUACUGCAGUUUCAGCUGCAAGUCUUCGUUGGAUUUACCUACCAACUUUGCACGUCCAGACUGAGAUUUUUGUUAAUUCAUCUUGGCUCGAUCAGAUUGGAUGGAGAUCUUCUGUAAAUGGUCAAGUCUUGCCACCUUUAAUUGAUCUUAGAUCUGGACAGGCCUCAAGUUGUUUCUACACAAUAUUUAGUUCCAUCUUCCUGUAAACUCUGAAGAAAAUCAUCCCCACAGCGUGAUGCCACCACCACCUUGUUUUACUAUCAGCACCAUGGUGUGUUCAAGAUGAUGUUUAUUUUUCCUCCAUGCAAAACAUUUUGCAGAUAGGCCAAAAAGGCUUUCAUGUUGUUGUUGUUCUUCCACGUCUGCUGUGUCCUCCGCAUGGCUCAUGCUAAUAGCAAAUAGGACUUUUUAUGUCUCCCUUGUAGCUUUUUGCCACGCUUCCAUAAAGGACAGUUUGCUUGAGUGCAUAAAUAACAGAUUCAGCUGUGAAUUUCUUCAGUUCCUCCACAUAUACCAACAGAUCUUUGAGGCCUUCAAAGUACAGCUGGAUGUAUUAUACUUUGUUCAAAUUACAUGUAUUUACUCGAUGCAGUUGGUCACUUCUGAAUGCACCGGGUGUUAUUUCGGGAUAUCAGAGUGAAGAGGUCUGAAUCCAAAUACAUUCCACAUUUAUUUAGAUUGUAUUUCUUAAGGUUUUGGCAAAAAAAAAAAAAGGAUAAUUUUCUUUCCACUUGGUCUGUCAGAUAAAAUCCCAUUAAAAUAAACUGAAGUUUCUGAAUCUAAUGUGACAAAAUAUGAAAACGUUUUGCAAACCACUGUAGAGGAUAUGGAAAGGUUUCCAUACAAAGAGCAUCUCAGUAUGGAAAUCAGACCUAGAUCACUAGCGUUGACUCAUAAUUGUAUCAGUACUUUUAAAUUGUACUUCCUUUUUACUUUGAAGGUUUGCAGCAGAUGUCUUUGCCUUGUUAGGUGUCUGUCAGUUUGAUAAAUCCUGGUUUAUCUGGUCUCAGACGUCACCCACAGCCUCUCCUAUCAGAUCCAGCGUGAUUACUGACUGAGUCACUAUUUCUGGACUUGUCAUACGACAGGAGACUCACCGUUUGUCAUUUUCCUCUGCAGCUAGAUGAACGUAGGCGUGUAAAGUUAGUGGGUGGUGCUGGGUGGCUCUAACCCACAAAUCUUUUCGCAAUUUAGACAUUUAGGAGUAAUCAUGAGCACUAACUUGAAAAUGCCCUUUUAACAUGAGUAACUUUGUGUUGUAAGAGAUACUACAAUGUACUUGAUUACUUGCUUCUGUAUGAUGUUGAAUGUGAAGUUAUUUUAUCAAAAAUAAAGAGCACUAAUCAAAUGA